UGCCCGUUUGACAGCGGUGUAAGGAAGCGCUGACCCAAAUAGUGAACAGCGAGCAACGACGACGUAUCCUAGCUCAAAGACAGAAACCGAAACAUUUAAUACGACGAUUGGUUGCUCUCUAGUCUGCCAGGGCCAGGGGGAGUGUCAUGUUGAAGCUGCUCUUCCACAAAGUGCUGGUGUUGACCUGUCUUCACCAUUCACCUCACUGUACCUCCCUUCCAAAGUAAGCUAACUCCAGCUGCUCUCAGUCUCCACCCUCUUCCACCACUUGGCCCGGAGAAAGGUCUUUGGUCCUCCUGGAGAAUGUCCUAUGCAUAUCAGAACCUGUUCAGCUGGAGUCGACCUCGAUUGACYCGACCGCAUCAUCUCCUCUUCCUGUUACUGGGCUUCUUGUGCUACUUAGUUCCUCRCACAGGUGUAUCUGCCGAGAUCUGCCGGGUGACAGGGGGAGUGUUGGGGAUCCACUGGAGCAGUGUGGUCGGUUUAGGCUGGCGCCCCCUGGCUGUGGGGAGGAACAGCGCCAGAUGCUGGGAAUCAUGCUGCCUGGAGCCCGCCUGCAGUGCCGUGUGGAGCCUGGGGGGGCGCUGUGUGCUACUGAGCUGCUCCAACAGAGGGCUCUGUCAAGUCACGUCUCUACCCCAGCCCCACAUCGAGUCCCUGGGGCUCCUGCAGCAGCUUUCAAAGGGCACCACCACAGCUCGAAGGAGAAGGCAGAGGCGGGCACCAACAGGAAAGGGAAGUGGGUCGGACCAACUUUCUAGCACU